AUGGCUUUAGAAGAACGAAGGGCCUUGUGGGAAGAUUUAGAAGUAAUUGAAAACGCAAUAUCAGAGAGAUUUCAAAGAAAUCCGUCUUUAUAUUAUCACUCCUUGCCUAUUUUAUCAGAUUUACUAAAACAAAAUAAUAAUGAUUACAACUCUACGCAAAUUUCAAAGAAUGUGAUAUAUAAUGUCAAAAAGAUUAAACGUUCACGCAAGCAACUUAUUGCGCAAGGACAUGAAAUAAAGUUGUUUGUAAAAGAUAGAGAUGCCAUAAUUAGAAAAUUAGAGACUAUGAAUGUUGUCCCGAUAACUCAAUCUAAUCUAUCAAUCAAAGAUUUUAAGGAUUCUAUAAUAUCUGAGAAGAGUUUUCCUAAAGAGUCUUUGAAAGAAAAACAAUCCAAAUAUAGUAUAUUUCCAAAGACUGUUGACCAAGAUGAGAAACGACUAUUAUCAUUAAGAGCAGAAGAUUUGAGUCUUAAUAAACUAUUUUCUAGAGAAGAACAAUAUGGAGAAUACUUUGACUUUGAUGCAAUAUAUAAUGAAUGGAUAAAUGUCAUUAGAAAUUCAGAUCACACCAUUUUAGACUUUUUGGCUAUGUUAGAAGAAAAAUUUAUAGAUAAGAAGGAAGAUACGGAUAGUCCGAAUUAUUCUUAUUUAUUUGAACCUUUAACUGAUAGAAAGAAUAAACGAUAUGAGGUGUUUAUUGAAAAAAUUGUCAAAUAUUUGGAGAAGUUUCUUUAUAAAUCUUAUCCAUUGAUAAAUAAAGCCACUGUAGAAAAUGAACUUGCUCAUGACUUUGAAAAAAAUUAUAUUAGUAACCCAAUUACUCACAAGGAGCCUUUUAAAAAAUUGCUAUGUAUAGUAUGUGGGAAAAAUUUUGCCAACUUAUCUGUAUUUAAGAACCAUCUUGAUGGUAAGAAUCAUCAAAAGAAUUUAAUCAAUAGAAGAGAUUUCUAUUACUAUGAAUUUAAACUGAAAAGAUUUUUAAAUGUGUUGAAAGAUACAUUUUAUCACACUAGGAACUUUACUGAAAGAAAAUUGGCUUUUACGCUUGAUGAAAGAAAAGAGGAAUUGCAAAGAAUUACAGAGAUAUAUAAUGCACCAGUAUAUGGUAAAGGUGAGAAAGAAAAUGAUAUAAAUGAUAAAAGUAAUGAUGUUAAUAAUAAAGAAGAAGAAAAUAAAAGAAAUAAUACUAUUCCUAAUGGGACAUUUGAUAUGCCAAUAGGACCUGAUGGGAUGCCAAUGCCAUACUGGUUAUAUAAGUUACAAGGAUUGGAUGUCAAAUACACAUGCGAAAUUUGUGGUAAUAAAGAAUUUCAAGGUAGAAGAGCAUUUGAAAAACAUUUCCGUGAACCAACGCAUAUAUAUCAUUUGAAAUGUUUAGGUAUCACAGCAUCAGCUGUGUUUAAAGGUAUUACUAGCAUUAGUGAGGCACAAUCUCUAUGGAAAAGGGUCAAUAGUUCUGUUAGGAUGGGAUCAAUGAAUUCUCACAAGAGUGUCAAAAACGAUUCAAUAAUUAAAUUGGAUAAUACUAAUGCUAUUAAAAUGGAUAUUGAAGUUGAAGAUGAAGAUGGAAACGUUAUGACUGAGCAAGUGUAUAACGAUUUAAAAAAACAAGGUUUAUUAUAA